GGAUAUUUCCGGGGCGGUACCGAGAAGCUGAAACGGAAGUGGCGUAGGGCAUGCGCCGGUGGCGUGAUGGAGCAGCAGCCUCAGCAACAACAGCAACUUAGAAACCUGCGUGACUUCCUGUUGGUCUACAAUCGGAUGACAGAACUCUGCUUCCAGCGCUGUGUGCCCAGCUUGCACCACCGAGCUCUGGACGCUGAGGAGGAGGCCUGUCUGCACAGCUGUGCUGGGAAGCUGAUCCAUUCCAACCACCGCCUCAUGGCCGCUUACGUGCAGCUCAUGCCUGCUCUGGUACAGCGCCGCAUCGCAGACUACGAGGCUGCCUCGGCUGUGCCAGGCGUUGCUGCUGAACAGCCUGGGGUCUCUCCAUCAGGCAGCUAGCCAUCCCCAACCCCAGGAAGGAAGGCCCUGGACGGACUUCUCUGAUUGAAGGACCCCAGUGGACCUUGGGGUUGGUGAAUCCUAUACAGAGAGAAUUCGAGGUUGCCUGAAAGCUGGGUGUCCUUGCUCCUUUUCCUGGAGCCAAUAAACCCGCUUUUUAUUCGGUUUGAUUUAUAUUCUGGGCAAGGAAGCUUUGCCUGCUUAAUUGGCACAAUCCUUUGUUCUGUCAUUUAGUACAUAUCCGCUGGCUUCAGCCUUGGCAGCUGAGGAAUUUUCUUCUAUAUGUAUAAGGAAAACCUGAGCAUUUGUAGGCAGCUGGUUAAAGCAGGCUCUGUGUGUACAGUUUUAAGAUGGGUAAUAUGUCAUGCUUUACCUUAGUUCAUCUUUACAACAAAACUGUGAGUAAGAGGUAUUAGCCUCAUUUAACAGAUGAGGAAGCAAGAAUCCAGAAUGUACCAGAAGGCCAAUUUAUACAACAGGAAAUUGGUUCCUGCCCAGAUGACAGGAAAUGGGAGCUCUGUCUAGUUGUCCUUAAGUCUGACUGACUUCAAUGGCUCAUAAUCGUGAGCCAAGUAUUUGUUGGUUCAUAACUGUUUUGUGAACUAUGUCUUACAUGUCUAGAAUUCUGCUGGAUCUAGGAAAGGAGAAGCUAUCUAAGUACAACCGGUCAGAAAAACCACAGGGCUUUUAGGUACUGCCUCCUUGAGAAGUUAGUGGCCACAGAAGAGAGAUGAAACCUGUAAGAAGUCUGGGGUCUUUUGGAACUUCAGCCAUUUCCCCAGCUUGUUACUUUCUUAGUAUUUACAGUCUUCCCAGGAUGAGCAGUAAAACCUUUGAACAAAGAAGUCUGUGCUUGUCUUCAGGGGCAAUCAGUAAGGGAGAAAGUUGGGCACAUAAUCUGCAAUACAGCCAAAUCUGAGGGAGAGAAACGGAAGGGCUAAAGGGACAAGUAGAUGGCAGUCGUUGUGAUAAAAAGGAUAAAACUAAAUAUUUGGGACUUCUUAAUGCUACUUUAAUGUUUCACUGCUUGUCUAGAAUUUCCUAAUUCCAGCUUUCUAUCAUCUGCCCCAUACUGGUUCCAUGGAAAUCUGUGAUUUCUAAUUCCAGCCUCUCCAUUCUUUUCUCAUUAUUGCCUCCCCCACCUCCCACCUUUGUGUAAUUUACUUCUGUAUUCAGCAGCCUGAAUAGCAUACCAUUCCAUCACCCUAUUUUCUUGCCACCAUUGGCCAUCUUUUUGUAUCAUUCUACUUAUUCUGUCUUUUCUGUUCCUCCAAACUACUAGACUAAAACAGUUGUGUAAUGAAUGCCACUAAAUAUUCAAGGCCUCCAACCUUAGCCAAGUCCUCACAUCUACACGCAGUCCUUUACCUUUAUGGGUUCCUGGUCCAUUUCCUUCUCUAAUUACCAUGGCAGUUAUUUUAUACCUUCACUAUUGUCCUUAAUCACAUACCCCACAUCAAGUGACCCUGUUUCUUUUUUUAAAGGAAUUGAAGCUCUUAGACAUUGGUUCCACAGUAAUAAAUUUUAAAAUUUCUUACAACUACGCACAAAGCAGAUGUUCUGUUCUAUCUACAGAGCAGAAAAUUUAAAUUCUCAAGUAGCAAGCCCAGUAUUAAAGUGCAGAUCUGACUUUAAAGUCCAUGUUCAUUUUACUCACCAGGCUGCCUCUUAAGAUGGUAUUUAUUGAGCACCCACUUUGUAUAGGUUCUGAUUUUGGUAGAUGUCAUGUUUUAUCUAAUCUUUAUAAUGCAACUAUAAGAGGUAUUAGCCUCACUUAACAGAUGAGCAAGCAACAAUCCAGAAUGUGCCAGAAGACCCUUUUAUAGACAGUUCUUGUUUUUGUUUUUGAGAUGGAGUCUCACUCUGUCUCCCAGGCUGGGGUGCAGUGAUGCUAUCUUGGUUCACUGCAACUUCUGCCUCCCGGGUUCAAGCAGUUCUGCCUCAGCCUUCCGAGUAGCCUGGGAUUACAGGCAUGCGCCACCAUGCCCAGCUAAUUUAUUUGUAUUUUUAGUAGAGACGGGUUUCACCACAUUGGCUGGGCUGCUCUCGAUCUCCUGACCUUGUGAUCUGCCUACCUUGGCCUCCAAAGUCCUGGGAUUACAGGCGUGAGCCACUGCGUCGAGUCUAUAUACAGUUUCUUAUUGAGAAAAAAUAGUUCCAAUCAUAUUUUUUGCCCCCUUUAGCUGCCAUCUCUUGAACAGAAAAGUUUGUUUGGAUGGUAAAAGUUGCUGACCAGGACCUUCCCCACGGAGUUGCUUUCUAUUUAAUGAAAUUAUUGUCCUUGGGAAAUAUAAAUGCAAGUAAAACAGGUUGUGAACUUCUUAACUUCCAGAAGACAGGAGGAUGGGACCUGUGAUACCAUGCUGCCAGUGGGAGGACUCUUCCACAUCAACAUUUGUGUGUAUCCUUGCAAUAAACUUCCAUUGUGAAUA